AUGCGUUUUAUCUUCGCUUCCGCCUUGGCCUUUGCUGCCUCCGUUCUCGCCCAGGAUGCCACCGUCGGUUACGCCGUCGUGAGCGCUCCCGGUGACGGCGAGGUUGUUCCCGCCGGCAAGACCUACAACAUCAAAUGGAGUGCCGGUGGCUUCACUGGUCCUGCCACCAUCUCCCUCAUGGGCGGCAAGACCCCCUCUACUCUCGAGGUCUUGAACUCCAUUGGCAGCACUGAUGUUGAGGACGAGACUUUCCCCUGGGCUGUCGAUUGCUCGCUCGGCGAGGCCAAGACAUACGGUAUCAAGAUUACCGACAACGCCAGCAAGGGCGCUACUUUCCAGUACUCGUUCCCCUUUGAGAUCAAGGGCCCCUCGUGCGGAAGCAGCAGCAGCAGCGCCAGUGCCAGUGUCUCGGCUACUUCAUCUGCCAGUGGUUACCCCGUGUCUAGCAGCACCGCUGUCGAGACUACUACCUCUUCUGCCUACCCUACCAAGAGCCACAACUCGACCUCGUCGGCCGUUGAGACCUCUACCUCUACCUCAUCAUCCGCCGUUGAGACUAGCACCAGCGUGAAGUCGACCACCAAGGUCCACACCAGCACUCCCACCACUCUCAGCACCUCGGCCACUCCUACUACCACCGUCGUCAUCGUCACUCAGACCCCCACUGGCACUGCCAGCUCCAGCUCCAGCGGGGUCCCUGCUAGCUCCACCAGCUCUUCGCCUGUCCCUACUGCUGGUGCCGCUCGCACCGGUGCUGGUAUCGCUCUCGGUCUCGUGGCCGCCGUUCUUGCUCUGUAA